CUGGAGCCCCUGUUUGCGGAAUUGGACCGGCGGCGAAACGAAUAUGACGCGGUGGCCAUCACAUCGCUGAUUGGCGUGCCGUCCGGCUACCACUUCGAGUACUUUGACCGGAUGGGCGACAUGGUCAACCCAUGGGGCGGGGUGGAAGCGAUGCUGACCCACGCGGUCUCGGCCCUGUACGACGUGCCGUCGGCCCAUGCCCCGAUGCUGGAAAGCCGGGAGAUUGCCAACGCCGACCCCGGGGUGGUCGAUCCUCGUAUGGCGGCCGAGGCCGUGUCGCUGGCGAUGAUCCAGUGCAUCCUGAAAGGUCUGCAGCGCAGUCCCCGACUCGUUACCGACCCGGAAGCCCGACGGCACCACAGUGUGUUCAACGCAUCCGACGUGUCGUGCCUGGUGAUCCCUGACGGAUGUGUGGGGUUGCCCACCCUGGCGGCGCUGGAGCAGGGCAUCUCCACCAUUGCCGUGCGGGAGAACCGCAACCUGAUGAGCAACGACCUGACGGAACUGCCGUGGGCCCCGGGUCAGCUACACAUCGUGGAGAACUACUGGGAGGCCGCCGGCGUAAUGGCGGCGCUACGGGCGGGCGUGGACCCGACCACAGUGCGCCGGCCGCUGGCGGGGGCGCAAGUUACGGGGUUGCGAGAACAGACCGCCAGCAUUUGA